AUGUCUUUCGUACCCCUAGACAGUGUAGAGCACCCCAACCUCCCCGCCGCAUCCACAAUACUCUUCAGAGCCAAGGCAGCUCAGGGCGUGACUUUUGAGCAAAUUGGUGAACACAUUGGUCGCAAUGAAGUAGCCGCAGCUGCCAUAUUCUAUGGCCAGGCCAAGGCGUCGCCCGAAGACAUCGAAAAGCUAGCCGAUCUGCUGUUCAUCCCAGAGCAAGUUUUGUCGGAACAACUCAACGGCUUCCCCGAUCGCGGUCGCUCCGUCGAAAUGCCGCCCAGGGAGCCCCUUAUCUACCGACUGUAUGAGAUUGUGCAGAACUAUGGCUAUGCCUACAAGGCGGUUCUUAAUGAGAAGUUUGGGGAUGGGAUUAUGAGUGCUAUAUCGUUUUCGACAAAGGUUGAGAAGGAGACUGACGAAGAUGGGAAUAACUGGGCUAUUAUCACUCUGCGUGGUAAAUGGUUGCCCUUCUCUCGGUUCUAA